GAAGUACAGCAAUGACUUUUUUGGAAACUUUUACCAACGCAGACCUACUAAAAAACACUUUUAAGAGUUAGUUCAUCUAAAUAUUCGAUUGAUGUAUUAGUCGGGAGUUUUAAAAUAUUGCGUUAGACAUUGAGAUACUUUCAACGGUUCAGACCAGACCAUCUUGCUUUGUUUGUUUACAUGGUAAAACAGAUGACAAGCUAAUGUUAGCAACCUAGCUGGUUAAAUCGAGUCAUAUGAGCUGGUAAUUAUCCAGCAGCUUUGUCCUCUUUAAUGAAACUUAACGUAAGUGAAAGAGCCAGCGUACAUGUACAGUACUGAAGGGUUGUCUUAUGUCGCAGUGAGCCGUUGGAAGUGUAACAAUGCGAAGCUAACGUUAAACGUGUCGAGCGUUGGCAGCUUUUGUUAGACGACUGGAAGUGUUAAGUCGCUGAACCUGCGGCCGGUUUUAAAGGCCUUGCAGCGUCUUCAUGUCAACAUGCCUUGUUCCUGUGGGAACUGGAGGAGAUGGAUUCGGCCGCUGGUCGUCGUGCUGUAUAUACUGUUGCUGUUAGUCGUCCUGCCCUUGUGCAUCUGGGAACUGCAGAAGUCAGAGGUUGGCACUCAUAAUAAAGCAUGGUUCAUUGCUGGGAUAUUUGUCUUCAUGACCAUACCCAUAUCAUUAUGGGGCAUCCUGCAGCACCUGGUUCACUACACUCAGCCAGAGCUCCAGAAACCUAUCAUCAGGAUAUUAUGGAUGGUCCCAAUCUACAGCUUGGACAGUUGGCUUGCUUUAAAAUACCCCAGUAUAGCCAUUUAUGUGGACACAUGCAGAGAGUGCUACGAGGCCUAUGUCAUCUACAACUUCAUGACCUUCCUGCUCAACUACCUGGAAAAUCAGUAUCCCAGCCUGGUGAUGAUGCUGGAGGUGCAGGAGCAGCAGAAACACCUGCCCCCUCUUUGCUGCUGCCCGCCCUGGCCAAUGGGAGAGGUUUUACUACUGAGAUGCAAAUUGGGAGUGUUGCAGUACACAGUUGUAAGACCCGUCACAACAGUGAUUGCCUUGAUCUGUCAGCUGUGUAAAGUGUACGAUGAAGGCAAUUUUAGCUCAACAAACGCAUGGACGUACCUGGUCAUCUUCAACAAUAUGUCUCAGCUGUUUGCCAUGUACUGCCUGGUGCUGUUCUACAGGGCUCUGAGAGAGGAACUGAGUCCAAUCAAACCAGUGGGCAAAUUCCUCUGUGUCAAAAUGGUGGUUUUCGUCUCUUUCUGGCAAGCUGUGUUCAUUGCUUUGCUGGUGAAAGUGGGCAUUAUCUCCGAGAAACGCACGUGGGACUGGCAAAGUGUGGAGGCUGUAGCUACUGGCCUGCAGGAUUUCAUCAUCUGUGUGGAGAUGUUUCUGGCAGCCAUCGCCCAUCACUUCAGCUUCACCUACAAGCCUUACAUCCAGGAGGCUGAGGAGGGAUCCUGCUUUGACUCGUUCAUGGCAAUGUGGGACAUCUCUGAUGUCAGAGCAGACAUUUCUGAACAAGUCCGCAAUGUCGGGAGAACAGUUAUGGGUCGACCGAGGAAGUCCUACUUCGGCGAGGCGGAGAAUGAUGGAGAGCGAUCUGGUCUGCUCUCUUCAGGCUCCCAAGAUGCCAUCACAGAAGCGGCAUCCAACCCCGUGUCACCCAAAGGUCAGUACCAGGGCCUGGGCAGAACCCUCACACCGCACUCUUUGUCAGCCCCCGCUGGGCUCAGCUCUGCCGCGUGGGAUGAAGGAUAUGAGGCUCAACCUGAAGAAGCCCAGGAGGAAGAGCGGACCAACCAAACCAAAGAACCAACAGAAGCAGACCUCAUAGUGAUCACCUAACCUGUCACCAACAGACUCUCACAGACGUGGUUGGGCAGGACCAAAAUACAGCCUUGCCAGUGUUCUUUCAGACAUUACUGUACAGACGCAACAUUAAACGAAACUGUUGUUUAAAAGGGCACAUCAACCAAUAGUAGAAGUUUGUGAAACCAGAUGGACCUCUGUGACAGCUCCAAGAAUGUUCAGUCAAGUAAUGGCACUAAAUCAUUUGGAUGGAUAACAUGCACGUUGUGCAGUCUCCUGUACACGGGAGUCAUUUGGCUCAGUCGGCUCUGUCAGAAUGGAUUUGCGUUCGUGGUAAUUGGGAAAGACUUUCAGUCAUUUUUAACGUGCAUCACAAAGAGCACGCGUCUCCUCAAAGAACAAAGUCUCUGCUGGCGUCCUUCUUGAGAUGAGACGCCACAGGAAGCCUCCCGAGGUCAGAGCCAAUCACGCGUGUGUAUCAUUAAUUACACAUACAAACUAUCACACUUUUUUUUUUUUUUUUUUUUUGGUGUCGUCUCAGUCAUAUCAUGAUCUCAGAUGUGACAGAAGAAUCUGCUACACUAAAAGCACAUUAGAUGUCCAGAAUAGUCUAUUUUUUUUGUCCGAGACUGCAGAAGAUGCAUAUUCCCGUGGGAGGGGAUGAAAAGAGCAGAAGCAUCAGAUUUUAUGGAUGCACAUUUAAGAGUAGUUUAGAGAUAGACUGGCUGAAAGAUGUGUCCAGGCCGACAGUAUGGCAUCACUGCAGAAUCAAUAUUAAUAUGAUUUCCUAAGGGUUUGAGUAUAUACUAUGAGUACAGUCCAAGUAUUGAAACAACACACUUAAUUCCGUCUGAAACUUUACAAUCAGCACGUUCUAGUUCAUACAGCUCGCUGUAGUGUUUAAUAGGAAUUUAUUCACUCGUCCUCUCAGAUGCCUUCUUGUAUGUGCCAUGGAACUAGUCUAUCCAAUAUAUCAAUUUAUAUUCCAGGGUCAGUUAUUCUUUGAUUAUGCGAGCUCUCAUCUUAUCUGAUCAGAUGCUCACCAUCGUUCUUAGCCUUCAAGCUGGAAUAACUUUGCAGGUGCUGCGCCUAAGCCAUUCACUUCCCCCGUUAGAUUCUCCGAGCUCUUUCGUUGUCGUGACUUCCGAGGAUUCGUGCAGGGAUAUUGACAUGUUUAAUGUGCAGUGCAGGAAAGCGGUUUGUGUCAGAAAAUGUAGAAAUGUAUCAGAUCAACAGUAUAAUCUGCAUCGUGUCCAGCUAAAGAAUGCUGCAUUGCCUUACAGGAUUUUAUUUUUCUAAAUCAUAUCCGAGCUGAUUUAAAUGUUCCACAUCUUAAUUUAAGUCCAUCCCUGACAGUCUCUUCAAUAAAUCAGAUUAACUGCA